CAGAGGCAGGAAGGGUGUGUCUGGCUGGAGCAGGAAGAAACAAGCGAAGUAGCUUGCAAGCAAUUCGGCUGCAGCGUGCGCUCCGGCCAGGCGACAGGACCUUCCGGGCAUCAAGAUGUUCUUUACCUGUGGCCCCAACGAGGCCAUGGUUGUCUCAGGUUUCUGCCGCAGCCCCCCAGUCAUGAUAGCUGGAGGCCGGGUGUUUGUGAUGCCAUGUAUCCAGCAGAUCCAGAGGAUCUCAUUGAAUACUCUGACCCUGAAUGUGAAGAGUGAGAAGGUUUAUACCAGGCAUGGGGUCCCCAUCUCGGUCACCGGCAUUGCCCAGGUGAAGAUCCAGGGCCAGAACAAGGAGAUGCUCGCAGCUGCUUGCCAGAUGUUCCUGGGCAAGGCAGAACCUGAGAUUGCCCACAUUGCCCUGGAGACUUUGGAGGGGCAUCAGAGAGCUAUCAUGGCCCAUAUGACUGUAGAGGAAAUAUACAAGGACAGGCAAAAGUUCUCAGAGCAGGUCUUCAAAGUUGCCUCCUCCGAUCUGGUCAAUAUGGGGAUCAGUGUGGUCAGCUACACCCUCAAAGACAUCCAUGAUGACCAGGAUUAUCUUCACUCCCUGGGGAAAGCCCGAACUGCUCAGGUUCAGAAGGAUGCCAGGAUGGGAGAAGCCGAAGCCAAGAGGGAUGCUGGCAUCAAGGAAGCAAAGGCCAAGCAGGAGAAAUUGUCCGCUCAGUACCUGAGUGAAAUUGAAAUGGCCAAAGCCCAGCGGGACUAUGAGCUGAAGAAGGCCACUUACGACAUCGAGGUGAACACGAGGAAAGCGGAGUCUGACCUGGCCUAUCAGCUCCAGGUAGCCAAGACGAAGCAGAAGAUUGAGGAGCAGAAGAUGCAGGUGCUGGUGGUGGAGCGAACCCAGCAGAUUCAGAUACAGGAGCAGGAGAUGCUUCGUAAGGAGCGUGAGCUGGAGGCCAAGGUCAAGAAGCCUGCUGAAGCAGAGCGCUUCCGGCUGGAGAAAUUGGCUGAGGCUGAAAGGUCACAGCUCAUCAUGCAAGCGGAGGCGGAGGCCGAGUCUGUCAGGGUGAAGGGUGAGGCUCAGGCCUAUGCCAUUGAGGCCAAGGCCCGGGCUGAUGCUGAGCAGAUGUCCAAGAAGGCAGAGGCCUUCAAGCAGUACCAAGAGGUGGCCCUGGUUGACAUGCUUCUGGAGAAGCUUCCAGAGAUGGCUGAAGAAAUCACCAAACCUUUGACCUCGGUGAAUAAGAUCACGAUGGUGUCAAGCGGGACUGGGGAUGUGGGAGCUGCCAAGAUAACUGGGGAAGUGCUGGAAAUCAUGAACAAGCUGCCUGAAACCGUGGAGAAACUCACUGGCAUUAGCAUCUCCCAGCAGUUGAACCAGAAGAAGCCGGGACGAAUGAACUAAAUCCUGAAGAUCUGGGGGAGGGAGGGGGAAAUCCUUCCUGAGCAUGAACUCCUGUCAUCCUCAUCUGUAUGUGUCCAUAUGUAGAGUUCUUCCCCUUCCAGAGCCCUCCCCUAAUCGCCAAACCUUUAUGGACUGAACUGUUGCAUGUUGGCCAACGAUACUUAAAACUGCUGAGGUCUGUCACGCUGUCGUACAGCUGUUGUAUCCCAGUGACACCCCCCCAAUGUGUACCUUGGAGUAUCCUGACAUUCGCUGUCACUUGCAAAGCAUGGUCUGUUGCUCCCAACCCUAAGUCCACCCUAGUUCGUGACCUCCUUACGCUCAAUUCACUCCCAAUUCUUGCUUUGUUGCCUGAACCUUCCUGGCCACCGCGUAUCUCCUCUUAAAAGUGGUCCCUCUCCAAGGAUUUAAGAACAGAUCUGCUUCUGGAAUCGCUGGGAAGGCAACAGAAAUGUAGGCUGGAUGGAGGUGAAAUCUGAGGCUGGUUCUUUCGAGGCUAGUUGGUGCUGGACGCUUUGCCACAAGGACUUUUUGUAAGUGUUUGAGCCUAUGUAGGUUGGGUGCAGUGGUUAUCCUAAGUUGCUGCUACCUAUGUGCGAAGAUACUUUAAGGGAAUCCGUUUUGAAGUACUGAGCUGAGCAUAUAAACUCUAGCGAUGGGCACAGACACAGCCCUUCCAAGCUCCAUAUAGCUAAAGCUACCCAUAUGUUUCAGUGUACAUACCUCCCUGCCAAUUCAACCUCUCCUACCUUUGUGCCAUAGUUCCUGAGUACUAUACACCCAAGAUUUCCCCGCUUGGCAAAAUUCAAAUUAUUUUCUCUACCUUUUGUUGCUGGUUACGUAUGCACGCAUCCAGUCUCACUCUCACCUCUUUCGGGAGCGUGUGUUUACAGCCUUCCUGCACGAAACCACAAAGUAGACCCUUGCCAAAGGCACGUCCCACACUCUCUGUGUUGUGUUGUGCGGAGUUGGGUGACCCCUGCAGGAGGGCACUUCUAGGAGGCGCUCAGAAGCAGAUGUAUGCUGGAUGCAAAUUUAUCCCCUCUUAAAAAUCAACAUCUUGAUGUGCCUUAUAGCUGUUUUAGCUUCUGGAACAAUCGUGCGUCCCCACCGGUCCAAGGAGGGUGGAUACAUGCAUAGGCUUCUAAGGAUUAAACUAAUCAAGAGACACAUGGGGCAGGUUUUCCUGGCCUGUACCAGGUCAGAUGCAGGGACUGGGGUGGGAAGGUUAUCUGUUACAUGUAGGAAACUGCCUUCUCAGCCUAGCCUCUUCUCCUUGACAUGCUAGUUUUCUGCAUGCGGGGGGACUUUUAUGUUGGAGAACAGUCCAACCUGGGAACCAUCCACUGCCGUCUGAAACAGGAACUCUAUGCCACAUGAUUCAACUGCGUGUGUGGAUGGGCCUCCACAUGAGAAGAGGCUGUCCCAAGCAGUGACAAUCAGUUGUGUGGAGCCCUGCCUCCCCUUACCUCAACGAGAAUGGGUGAACACUAGAAGGGAAAGGGUCACGCGCCUCUCCAGCUUUCUCCGCUGCGUGGCCGUGAUCUUUUCCUUACAUUUGGGGCUGUUGCGGGCCAUCCCUAAGUCUCCCAGUCUGAGCUGUGAGUGGACAGGCUCUGCUGUGAUGCCCCUGGUGUCCCAAACUGUGACUGAUGCUGCUCACUUUGUCAAUGAAGCUUUAUCCGAUUGUAGUCACUCUAUCAGGGCCUAGAUUCCUUUCCCUGUGAAGCCCCAGGUCUGGGUCUACAGCUCUUGCCCUGCUUGCUGUGUAGUGAGGCCUCAGCACGGUGCCUUGUCUCUUAUCAUGGAGAAGGAGCUGCUCCGUCCUCCUUUGCGCUAAUGAGAUUCUUGGCUUAUAAUAAAAACCAAGAUUACCGA